CCCAGGUACGAUGAUCUUGCCGAAAGCGUGGAGGAAUAUGUGCUGGACAUGCUCCGGGACCAGCUCAACAGGCGCCAGCCCAUGGACAACGUCUCUCGGAACCUCCUCCGCCUCCUGACGGCCACGUGUGGCUACAAGGAGAUUCGGCAGAUGGCCGUGCAGAGGCUGGAGAUGUGGCUGCAAAACCCCAAGCUCACUCGACCAGCCCAGGACUUGCUCAUGUCCGUCUGCAUGAACUGCAACACUCACGGCUCUGAGGACGUGGAGGUGGUCUCCAACCUGAUCAAAAUCCGCCUCAAGCCCAAGGUCCUCCUCAACCACUACAUGCUCUGCGUCAGGGAGCUGCUGAAUGCUCACCGGGACAACCUGGGCACCGUGGUGAAGUCGGUGGUUUUCAACGAACUUUCCAAUGCAAGGAACCCAAACAACAUGCAGAUUCUCUACACCGUCCUCCAGCACAGCCCUGAGCUGGCUCCGAAAUUCUUGGCCAUGGUGUUCCAAGAUCUGCUGACGAACAAAGAUGACUAUCUCCGUGCGUCGCGGGCGUUGCUGCGGGAGAUCAUCAAGCAGACCAAACAUGAGAUCAACUUCCAGGCUUUUUGCUUGGGCCUCAUGCAAGAAAGGAAGGAGUCUCAAUACGUUGAGAUGGAAUUCAAGGACCGGUUUGUCAUCCACAUAACCGACUUGCUGGCCGUCUCCAUGAUGCUCAGUAUCACUGCCCAGGUGAAGGAGGCUGGAAUUGCAUGGGAUAAAGGAGAGAAGAAAAAUUUGGAGGUGCUGCGUGCCUUCCAGAAUCAGAUAGCAGCGAUUCAGCGGGACGCCGUCUGGUGGCUUCACACGGUGGUGCCCUCUAUCACCAAACUGGCCCCCAAAGACUACGUUCACUGCCUCCACAAAGUACUGUUCACGGAGCAGCCGGAGACUUAUUACAAGUGGGACAAUUGGCCUCCUGAGAGUGACCGCAACUUCUUCCUUCGCCUCUGCUCCGAAGUCCCCAUCCUGGAAGACACUCUCAUGCGCAUCCUCGUGAUCGGCCUGUCGCGGGACCUCCCUCUCGGCCCCGCAGAUGCCAUGGAGCUCGCUGACCAUCUGGUGAAGCGGGCGGCUGCUGUGCAGGCUGAUGAUCUGGAAGUCUUGAGGGUGGAGCGGAUCCAGCUGAUCGAUGCCGUCUUGAACCUGUGCACUUACCACCAUCCGGAAAACAUUCAGCUUCCUGCAGGGUAUCAGCCUCCAAACCUGGCCAUCUCGACCCUCUACUGGAAAGCUUGGCCCCUCCUGCUGGUCGUGGCUGCCUUUAAUCCAGAAAAUAUCGGCCUCACCGCCUGGGAGGAGUAUCCGACACUGAAGAUGCUGAUGGAAAUGGUCAUGACUAACAAUUACUCUUACCCUCCGUGUACCCUGACGGACGAAGAGACACGGACAGAAAUGAUCAACCGGGAACUCCAGAUCUCCCAGCGGGAGAAGCAGGAGAUCCUGGCGUUUGAAGGUCACCUGGCGGCCGCCUCCACCAAGCAGACCAUCACGGAGAGCAGCAGCCUCUUGCUGUCUCAGCUGACCAGCCUGGAUCCCCAGGGUCCCCCCCGCCGGCCACCCCAACCCGUCCUGGAUCAGGUGAAGGGCCUCAACCAGUCCCUCCGCUUAGGGCACCUCCUGUGCCGUAGCCGGCACCCGGAUUUUCUUCUCAACAUCAUUCAGAGACAGGCUUCCUCCCAGUCCAUGCCGUGGCUGGCGGACUUGGUCCAGUCCAGCGAGGGGUCGCUGGACGUCCUCCCCGUGCAGUGCCUUUGCGAAUUCCUCCUGCAUGACGCCGCUGACGAAUCCGCCUCCGGCGAGGAAGAGGAAGAGGGGGAGAGCAAAGAGCAGCGGGCCAAGAAGCGGCUGAGGCAACAGAAGCAAAGGCAGCUGCUGGGCCGCCUCCAGGACCUCCUGCUGGGGCCCAAAGCCGACGAGCAGACCACGUGCGAAGUGCUGGACUACUUCCUGCGGCGCCUCAGUUCGCCCCAGGUGGCCUCCCGCGUCCUGGCCAUGAAGGGCCUGUCUUUAGUCCUUUCUGAAGGGGGUCUGAGAGACAAGGAGGAGCACGACCCCCCCGUGGAGGAAGAGUCUGGCGAUCCGGAGCUGCUGCCGGGCUACCAGUGGCUCCUGCGGGAUUUGCCCAAACUGCCCUUGUUCGACAGCGUCCGGGCGACCACGGCGGUCGCUUUGCAGCAGGCCAUCCAUAUGGAGACGGAUCCUCAGACCAUCAGCGCUUACCUGGUGUAUCUUUCUCAGCAUGCGCCCAUAGAGGAUCAGGGCCAGCACAACGAUCUUGCUCUGGACGUGGCCCGGCUGAUCGUGGAGCGCUCCACCAUCAUGUCCCACCUCUUCUCGAAGCUCUCUUGCAAUUCCGAGUCCGACGCCGUCCUGAGCUCCCUGCUCUCCGUCUUCUCGCGCUACAUCAAGCGCAUGCGCCAGAGCAAGGAGGGCGAAGAGGUGUACAGCUGGUCGGAAUCCCAGGAUCAGGUGUUCUUGCGCUGGAUCAGCGGCGAAACGGCAACCAUGCACAUCUUGGUGGUCCACGCGAUGGUGAUUCUGCUGACGCUCGGGCCGCCUCGAGCUGGAGACGGCGACUUCUACACCCUGCUGGACAUCUGGUUUCCCAAGAAGAAACCGCUGCCCACCGCUUUCCUGGUGGACACCUCCGAGGAGGCCCUGCUCCUCCCGGACUGGCUGAAGCUGCGCAUGAUCCGCUCGGAGGUCCCUCGGCUGGUGGACGCCGCGCUGCAAGACCUGGAGCCCCAGCAGCUGCUUCUCUUCGUCCAGUCCUUCGGGAUCCCCGUCUCCAGCAUGAGCAAACUUCUGCAGUACUUGGACCAGGCCGUCUCCCACGACCCUCAGACGUUGGAGCAGAACAUCAUGGACAAAAAUUACAUGGCUCACCUCGUGGAGGUGCAACACGAGAGAGGAGCAACCGGCGGACAGACCUUCCAUUCCCUUCUUACCACCUCCCUGCCGUCUCACCGAGACAGCGAUGACGCGCCACGAGCUAAAACCAGCCUCGAGACUCCACAGGGGAAGGGCAGGAUCCGGGCUUUGGCCCAAAUCCAAGUUCUCAGUCCAGAGGAUGACUUGGCCGCCCUCCUCCUUCAGCUCUUUCCACUGACUCCGGAUCCCCGCUGGCAGAACUCGAACCCGCGGCCCCUCUCCUUGGCUUUGCAGCAGGCGCUGGCCAAGGAGCUGGCCCAGAUCCGCCAGGGCAAGGCCCCCGUGCCGGCUGGGAUGGCCACCAAGCUCCUGCAGGCGUUGGUGGCGCUCCUGAACGCUCCCCGUGGCGGGACGGUGGCGAUGGCCAUGCACCGGAACCACGUGGUGUCCUGCCCGCUGAUGCGGCUGCUCUGCCAGUAUCAGCGUGCCGUCCCACAGGACUCCGCGUUUUCCUCGUUGUUUUUCAAAGUCCUCGUGCAGAUGUUGCAGUGGCUGGAGAAUCCAGCUGUGGAGGACGGCCCCCUCCGGAGUCAGCUCAAGGUCUUCGCCGUUCAGUAUACUUCCCAGCACAGGAUUGGGGACGUCCGAGGUGGGUUUUUGCACCUGGCCGAAGCGCUGGCCUUCCGCCGCGAGGCCGACGUGAUCGGCUCCACCGCGUCCGCCCUGAUUGCCGCCUUGAAGUCUGGAGAGAAUUACAACGUGGAGCCCGAGCUGGUCAGCAAAGUCCUCCGAGGCCUGACGGAAACGCACUCCCCUUACCUGGAGGAGUUCCUGGUGGCCCUCUUCUCGGUGACCAUGGAGACGUCCUCCCGUUUCUCCACCACUGGACCCAUUUCUAUGGUCAGUUCUUUGCUGCUCCAGCACAGAGAGGAGGCCCCGGUCAAGAAAGAAGCCGAGAGCUGCAGUGCGGAAGUUGCCCGGCUGGGGCCCGCCUCCGGCCUCUUCAUUGACUGGCUGGAAAUGCUAGACCCCGAAGUGACCACCAGCUGCCCGGAGCUCCAACAGAGGCUCCUGUUCUCCUGGAACAAGGAGAAAGCCCCCUCCGAGGGCGAGGCGCCCUCUUUCCGCCCAUACCUCCUGGCUCUCCUCACCCACCAGUCCAACUGGACCACCUUGCACCACUGCAUCACAAUCCUCCUCUCCAAAAGCCGAGAGCAGCGAUUUGACCCAACGGCUUCUUUGGAUUUCCUGUGGGCCUGCAUUCAUAUCCCUCGGAUCUGGCAAGGCAGAGACCAGAGGAUCCCGCAGAAACGGCGAGAGGAAUUCGUUCUGUGUCUCAAGGCUCCUCAGUUGAUCAGCCUGGUGGAGUUGAUCCUGGCGGAAUCGGAGACCCGGAACCCGGAUCCCAAAGAGGCUUCUUUUGCAGCGACCCAGUCCCGCCUCCCGCUUCUGCUCAGUUGCUGCCACGGAGACGUCGAGAGCAUUAAAAAAGUCACGGGCUACCUGGCCGGUGGCCUCCAACAAUGGGGGAGCAGCUCAAUGGGAAAGCGUUGCCAGGCCCUCCUCCUGCAAAUUUACCUCCAGUUGCCAGAACUCAUGAUCCCAGCUCCAGAGGCCCUCUUGUCCAACGAAGGGGCCAUGAGCAGCAGCACUUGCAAGCUCGACAGCCUGGUCCAUCGGUUCAUCACCCUCCUCGCCGACUCCGGCAGUUCGAAGAGCAGCGAGAACCGGCUGUGGGACGCCAACAUGGCCUGCCGGAAGUUAGCCGUGGCUCACCCCAUCCUUCUCCUCAGGCACCUGCCCAUGGUCGCAGCCCUACUGCACGGCCGGGUCCACCUGAACUUCCAGGAGUUCCGCCAGCAGAACCACCUCACCUUCUUCGUGCACGUGUUGGGGAUCCUGGAGCUGCUCCAGCCGCACGUUUUCCGGAGCGAACACCAGGAGGCGCUGUGGGAUUGUCUCCUGUCUUUCAUCCACCUGCUUCUGAGCUACCGGAAAUCUUCUCGCCACCUGGCAGCCUUCAUCUCUAAGUUUGUGCAGUUCAUCCACAAGUACAUCACCUCCAGCGCUCCGGCCGCCAUCUCGUUCUUGCAGAAGCACUCGGAUCCCCUCCAUGACCUCUCCUCCGACAACAGCGACCUGGCCGUGCUGAAGUCCCUCUUGGCCGGCCUGAGCCUGCCCAGCAAGAACGGCGCGUUGGACCGAGGGGCCGAGGACGAAAAGGACGGGGAGGAGGUGGCGGCCGGCUCUUUGCCCCUGGUCAACAUCUCCCUCUUCACUCCGCUCACCCCCGCAGAAAUGGCCCCGUACAUGAAGAGGCUCUCCAGAGGUCAGGCUGUGGAGGAUAUCUUGGAGGUGCUGACAGACAUUGACGAGAUGUCCAGGCGCAGGCCAGAAAUCCUCGCCUUCUUUUCUACGCCUUUGCAAAGGUUCAUGAGUUCUCCAGAGGAAACCUGCCGGAAUCUGGCCUUCAGCCUCGCUCUGCGCUCCAUCCAGAACAACCCCAGUCUUGCGGCCGACUUCCUCCCAACGUUCAUGUACUGCCUUGGGAGCCGUGACUUCGAGGUCGUUCAGACUGCCCUGCGGAACCUGCCUGAAUACACCCUCCUUUGUCAAGAACACGCGGCGGUGCUGUUGCAGAGGGCCUUCUUGGUUGGCAUAUACAGGCAAACGGACACCAGCUCCCAGAUUUCGGAAGCCUUGAAGAUUCUGCACAUGGAAGCCAUGAUAUGAAGCGUGGGGCCCCAAGGGCCCAGAAUUUCAAGUCGGGGAAACGUCUCUCCAGCCCCACGAAGCCUGGAAACCCAGGAGAAAAAAACCAAGUGUCCUGGGGGAGCCGAGAUGUUAAGAGACAUUGAGAUGCCUCCUCCUGCAGUUGAGGUGAAGAGCAAACUGGCCAAGAGAGUCUGGCAUCCAAGGGGCCAUUCAGUUAGGUUUCAGCCCGGACGUUGAGCACCCUUCUCGUUGAGGGUGGCAGAAAAGCCGGGGUGAUCUUAUGAUAAUGUUUCUUUGUUCCUUGUUAAUAUUAAAACAUAUUUCAGUUCUGUUGUA